AGUAACAUGUAAAUACGUCAAAUCUUCCAUUUAGCAAAUUUUAAAUUGAGAUAAUUUUAAGUAUUAAUUGGUAGAUGUUAAACAUGGAUACGUUAUACAACCAAACUAAUAGAUUAAUUCAACAAACUCAGCAAGUAUUCCAAGGUUUAGAAGGCAAUAACGUUAAUGCAAUAGAAAUUGAAAAUGAAAUACAGGAAAAAAUUAACUUAAUUAAUAGCAAUUGCGAAAAACUCGACACCUACCUAUAUAAAUUAUCAAUGGAUCAGAGACCCAAUGCCAAAAUGCGAUGUGAUCAACUAAAAUAUGAUGGUAAACAUUUGCAAGCUGCGUUGGUGUCAUCUAAACAAAAAAGAGCAAGACGAGAAGAGGCUGCAAAUGAACGAGAACAAUUAUUGAAUAGACGAUUCACAGCAAACCCAGAUUUAACUGCAAUAAACAUUGACUAUGCCAUACAACACCAAAAUUCCUUAAAUAAUGCUAAUCGAGGAAUGGAUGAAAUGAUUAACACAGGUGCUAAUGCAUUAGAAUCUUUAAGAAAUCAAAGAAUGACACUAAAGGGAGCCCAAAGAAAAAUUAUGGACAUGGCUAACACUUUGGGUUUAAGUACUUAUACUAUGAGGUUGAUAGAAAAAAGAGCAUCUGAAGAUAAAGUUAUUUUGAUAUUGGGUGUUGUUGUUACACUGAUUGUAAUUUUAAUAGUCAUAAUUUAUUUCACAUAGUAACCUACAUUCCUGUUUUAAUAACAGCAUUUUAAUAUAUUUUAUACUGAUAAGUCAAUAAAUUAUUGUUUUCAUAAGGUUUUGUAAUUUUGUUAUUGGCAAUAUUGUCGAAUUUUCUUACAUUUGUUAUAAAUUGUUUUUUCUUCUAUGGUUAA